AAGCAAUGUGUCCCUGCCGGUUCGUGUGAAUGAAUCUUUUCCCUGUCCAGGGACAGUAAGCGACUAAAAACUUCUGUUCAAUAAUUUUCCACAUACGCAGUAUUUUUUUUUUUUUUUAAUUUUUUGAAAGAUACGUAGUAUUUUAGUUUCUAUAUUCAAUGAAAAAAUUCGAUCCAAUAAACCAACGGUUACAACUAGGGCAGAUGGCGGGUGCGGUCUCAUCCUGUAUCUUCUGUCAGAUUGCCCACAAUUCCACUUCCACUACUCUUCUUCACUCUCAGCCGACGCAUUACAUUGGCACCCUAACUAAAUUAUUUGGACCUCGCAGGAUGACAAGGUUGUCGCAUUUCAAGAUAUCAAACCUUCUGCUCUCAGGUGGAAGGCAUUACUUGGUGAUUCCUGUGGAGCACAUUUCAACUGUUAGGAAUCUCCAGAGUAGAGAAGAAGAUUAUACUUUAGUAAACCACAUGCUAAGUGUGGGAAAAAUGCUAUUACACCGAGACGCUCCUCAAUCGAAAGAAUACAGAUUUGGCUUUCACCAGCCUCCACUGAAUAGCGUUGACCAUUUACAUCUCCAUUGUCUGGCAUUACCUUUCCAGCCCACGGUGUGGAUCCAAUAAUAUCGUAAUCUACCCUCUUCAUUGGUACUCCUGCUUCAGGUAAUAAUGCUUGAUGCAGUUAAAUCUUAUAGUCCACAUGAUGAAUGCUAAGAAACCAUUGCUUAAGAAAGGCUCAACCGUUCUUUUUGUUAGUUAAAUAAUACUCCACUAAGCUUCUUAAAAAACAGAAUUUUGUUCCUUUUGAGUUGUCUAAUCACAGUUAUAGCAUAAUUUACAAAAUCCAUGUGCAUGCCUCAUUGUUCAUGAUGGGUAGGCUCUCAUGUCCUAGCAUUCAUGGUGGGAGGAAGUAUAGCCCCCAUUGACGCUCCAUGGUUUUGGUGAAAACGGUGUCAUUUACUUAUUCCUUCCUGUCUUGCAUUCCCGUUUUCCCAAUGCGUCCGCUCCUUGCUUAUGUGUUUGCAAAGGUUCUUAUUGUCCAACCAAAACGGCAUGAUGAAGAAAUCUGGUUUUUUACUGGCUUGGGCUUUUCCUUAAUGCACUUUCCCUCCUUCCAGUAUGCUGCUGUAUCUGUUUUCACUUGAUGAAAAUUAAAUUGGCAUGGCUGUGGCGGUGUUGCCUUAUAGUGCAGUAGAUGAUGUUGCAUGCUGUUGCAGUUAUGUAUUGCGUUCUGCCUAGGCGUGAAAUUACUUAAUUAAAAAAAAAUGCAGUACUGGGGCAUUUGCUAGUGGUUAAUUCCACAUUAGCAUGCAACACAUCUGUUUGUGCCUUCUAACUGCCCACUAUGUCCACUGCUUCUUCCUCUAGGUGCCCAAACAAAUAACUCCCUCAGAAUACCACUUUUGAGAUUUGAGUCUUCUAAAUAUCAGCCAUAUCUAAUCAACGAAAUAAAAGUCAUUUAGAUGUCAUCUAAAUGUGAUGUUUAUUGAUUGGAUCUGUCAUAUUAUUCUUUCAUCUUAUAUGAGAAUUCUCUGGCGUUAUCUUAUGGCAUUUAGUAAAUGGAAUUGUCUGCUGUAAAAGUGAAGUUGUGGUGCUUAUUAGUAUUUGCAAAUAAAUUUUAUUUUUAGGGCUAUUUGCGUUCUUUGAAUGCCUAAUGGUCAGAAUUUAGACAAGUACUUUAUAGCCGAUACGAACGUCCAAGUCCUGCCCCUAGCCACCCUUCUUCCAUUUUUAUUUGGUGCUUAGCUACAUUUAGACCUAGGAGCUAUUGGUCUCUUGCUGUCCACCGUACUAUCUGCUAUGAAAUGACCCAAAUGCUUUAGAACUAGACUUAACCAUUUGAUGGAUUUCUCUUCUUGAAUUCUGUAUCCUUUAUUCACCACUAAAUUUUGAUCCUUGUGUACUUGCGUGAUGUUACAAUGUCAUCCUGCUUUUUCUAUUUAGAUUGACAUAUACCUGAAGAUUUGUUCCAAAAUAUUUAGAAAAACAAACAAAAUCAUUCAGCCAGCAGCUUAACUUUUGCUUCAUUGGAGUCAUCUGCCGAAUUGGAUGAAUCUUUAGAAAUAUUUACCUUAAAAUAAGUUUUUUGAUUGGAUGGAGAUGGUAUUAGGCGUGACAAAAUUGAGAUCAAUCGCCUAAAGAUGACUUUUCUUUAGUCUUAAAAUGCUUUCUAUUCAUUUCCGAUUAUACCGACAAAUAUUUAUGGAAAUUGAUGUGAAUAACUUGUAUGUAUCAUCUCUAUGGAAUAGUUGUAAAUGCUAGUAUGGGAGGCCUUCAUAACCAAAAUAAUACAAUCUGCUCAUACGCAUCAUGUGCGUGUAGAUUGAAGACAGCUUGCAAGUCCUUUUGAGGUGUUACUGUUCACAUCUUGAUAUCAUCUCUUGUAUUACUACUUUCUUAGUAAUCAUAAGGGCGAAGUGGUCCACUGUUGGCUUGUGCAGUGCUGCAUAUAGAGCCAGGGGUAGCCAACUAAAAGGGAGAGUAAAUAAGAGAAGACUUGAAUGCUCACACGUGCAUGCAUAUAAUAAUGACUUAUUUAUUGCAGUAUCACGACACUUUCUUUGUUUCUUUGGUCUACUUCAGGGACCUUUCAAAGGUAUAUGCUGAGUUGUCCUGUAUGCGCAAUCUUUUUUUCAUCUUAUCAUGGAAGCAUGGAUUUGAGUGAUCUGGUGGCUCUUGAUUUUACCAUAAAAUUCCCUUGAGAUGUAGUUUUUCUACGCUGCUAGAAUCCAAAAGUUAGAGAACUGUAAACCAUAGUUUAAAAGAGCGGAAAAGAGCAUCGGUAUAUACAAAAUGGGCAGGGAGAGAAAACAAAAUUAUGGAAGAAAUGCUUUUCAUUGAAGCAUAACGAUGGACAGUUUCAGACUAUGAGAAAUGUUUUGGACAAUUACUUUUCAAUUGUCCAACACUUUUUAUAGUAUUGAUAGAAAAAUAUAAUAAUUAAAUAUUAAUUAAAAAGAAAGGAAAUAUAAUCAACCAAUAAAAUAGAGUGUUGACAAUCACUAAAUUUGGUCUGCACAAUUAUUGGUCGUGUAUUGAAUUUUGAAGCAAUAUCCCUGUUUUAAAUCCUAGAAUCAUGGCCAUGGAGUCUAGUUUAGUCUACGAGGCAGAAUGUGACAAACUCUGGUGCUUGAAGACAGAUUUACCAAUAUACGUACACACUUUUUGGAGAGUGUUAUAUUCAUAGCAAAUCCCCCAACAUCUUAUGCUAAAGCUGUAAGUUUACUGUUGUGUUGGCCAACCAGAAAAAGCAUUUAGGCAGAUGAUUGAGUGCUAGCCGCUGUGAACGAAAAAGAUGAGCAUAAACAUCAUUAGCAUAAACUACUGGGGAAACAGGACAAUUAUUUGUGAAGGGGGGAAAACAUUAUUAUAUGAGAUAUUUGAUUGUUUGGUAAGUAUGUACAGCUGGCUCUGGAUGGGCAUAUCUUUUCUUCCUUUAAGUAUGGCAGCCAUGAAGUGCAUGAAAAACUGAAGCAUGGUUGAUGAGUAAGACGUCAUUUUCAAGUAUGGUUUAUAUGUGGUUGUCUUGUGGGUUCACAAGCACAGCUGUAUAGUAUGUAUUUUAAGGAAUUAUAAUGACUGCUCUUAUGGAAAAAAGUGAUCGAGUACUUGUUUGUUUUGGUUUAA